GAAUGUUUGAAAUGGAGGCUGGAAAAAAUGAGAUUUUUGUAACCGCCCCUGGAAAAGUAAUCUUGUUUGGAGAGCAUGCAGUGGUGUAUGGUAAGCCAGCAUUGGCGGGCAGCUUAGAUCUCUCCACAUUUGUGCACGUUUGGCAUAAAGAUCAAGAUAUCUGCUUAAGACUGGUUGAUUUUAGUAUGACUUUACACUGGACAAUUAAACAAAUGGCCGAGUCUUUUGGAGGAUUUAUGUGCAAAGAUGUGCAUGAUGUAGCCAUGUUUUCAGCAGAGGAUAUAGAACGCUUGCAUUCAAAUGCUCAAUUAUGUGUUCCCGCGGAUCAAAGAACUUCUGUUGACAUCCCAGCCGUGCUAGUGUUUCUGUAUCUAUAUUCAUCGAUUGUGGGUUCGAAAGGCAUAACACAACUCCUCCCAUUGGAUGUUGAAGUAGCAUCCUGCCUCCCUAUUGGUGCUGGUCUUGGUUCGUCAGCAUCCUAUACAACAUGUCUGUCAGCAGCCAUGCUGAAAGCUGUGGAUGCUAUUGGUAAGAAAGGACUGAAUAGCAGUGAUCUUGAACUUGUGAAUCAAUGGGCAUUCUCAGCUGAGCAUAUACUGCAUGGCAGGCCAUCUGGUGUUGAUAAUGCUGUCAGUGUUUUUGGAGGUCUGAUCAACUUCAAGGCUGGAGAAAUAACUCCUGUAAAAUGUCCAGUCCUAGAAAUCCUCCUCAUUGAUACAAAAGUUAAAAGGGAGACAAAAACCUUGGUUGACAAAGUUCACAAAAGAAAAUCAGUAUGGCCUGCAGUUGUUCAACCUGUAUUGGAUGCCAUAGGUGCUAUCACAGACACAGUUCAACAUAAUUUCAACUUGGGUAACACUGAUUUUAGUGAACUGACGCAGUUAAUUGAUAUGAAUCAGGGAUUAUUAUCUACACUUGGGGUAUCGCACCCAAAACUUGAUGAAAUUUGCCACCUAGCAAUGCAAUAUGGUUUCAGUGGUAAACUGACGGGAGCUGGUGGAGGAGGAUGUGCAUAUUGUCUGGUUCCUCCUGGAAGUGUAGGCCUGGAAGAGCUGAUGAGAGAUUUAAAACAGAAAGGAUUUUGUUGCUGGAGAACUAAUGUCGGGAGAUCUGGAGUGCUGCUCCAUAAAAAUGUUGAAGAAAUGAGACAAUCAAAAAAUAAUAUUCCAAAAUGCUUUGCAAAGUAAAUAGGCCUAAUUUCCUAGACAUUUAAAGAUAGGAAAAUAUAUAAAGACUUUGUUUAUGAGAUUUCUGUAAACUGCAAGAAACUAAUAGAGUAUUACGUUAUGAAUAAAUGCCAUUCUGCAAAUUGGUUUAUCUUGCAGUCAGUAGUGGCGCAGGGAUUCCUCCAUGGGGUCCACACUUACUCAGCUUCACCAUACAUGGGGCUGAGGUGAGCAAAUUUUAAGAAUAUGUAAUUGUGCUCUGAAAAUUCCACAUGUCAACUCGUAUGAAGGACACAGCACAUGUAACUCCAUUCAUUUUAAGACAUUUUUAUUACCAAAUUGGUAUAAAUACACAUUUACAAAGUCAUUGCUGACAGUGACGACAUACAUUAAGUUAGUAAUUUAUUCAUUUUUACUGUAUUGAGUUAAAUCAUGAAUUUAUUUUCUCCAAGAGAACCUGAUUAAAAAAAAUUGCUUUUUGGCACACAAACUUUAAAUCAAAAGUAAUGUAUCUGUAAAAUGGCUGUUGUUUUAUUACAGAGUGUAAUUUUAGACAUUUGUCAUCCACAUUCAAUAUGUGUACAUAAUAAUCAAGAGUUGCAAAGUUUGUGAUUUAAUAAACACAUUAUUUUACAGCUCAAA